UCAUUCUAAGCAAAGAAAGUUCUCUUACCCAUCAUACCUGUGUAUGUGUAGUGCUCGCCGCCUCUGCAGCGCCAUAUUUUGUUGGAAAAUUACAAAAUUUUCUCUGUUUCUGCAUUAAAAACUGAUCUCAGGAUUUCGUACAGUUCUUUCAGGAAAUUAAAAAUAGUGAAACUACUGUUUACAGUUGCAGUAUUCGGGAGGGUCUCCCGGAAGCGCGGCUAUGGAGACGAUAUGGCUACAGCGGCCGAGCGGGGAUAUACCCUGGGGCUUCCGGUUACAGGGAGGCCGGGAAUUCGCGCAACCGCUCUCUGUACAGAGGGUGACGCCUGGCAGUGUGGCGGCGAGUUCUAACGGAAUAGCGCCUGGUGACGUCGUGCUGAAGAUCGGUAACGUCAACGCCACCAACAUCACCCACAACGAGGCACAGGAAGUGAUCACUGGAGCCACAAACAUUCUACAACUCACAAUUAAGAAGGCGACGGCUGCCAGUGCACCGGUCUCCCCAACUUCUGGUUCUCAGUUCUCAAGCGUGAACCAGAACGCUGCAUCGUACGCUGUACAGGAUGACAAGUACGCGUUUCCGGAUUAUCGUGUUGGCAGUGGUUAUCAAGCUUAUAAUAAUUCGAACGAGCCUGCUGGAUUUAAUUCCCAGGAAAACAGUCCAUAUGACAUGCGCCAGUUUGAGCAGACUCCCCCCAUAUCUGGAUAUAGUACACUUCCAGUGCGUAGUGGCAAUAAACAGUCUACUGAUGGAUUUAGACCCGUUCAACCUUCACAACAACAACAACAACAACCACAAAAUAAAUAUCCAUAUAAAUCAACAAGUGGUAUUAAGUUGCAGCUUAAACCACAGACUCAAAGCGCUCCCCGCCAGAAUGAGUACAGCCAACCACAAUACAAUGAUCGAGGCAGCUAUAGCCAGCCUAUGUCGCCAGUGCAAUUUAUGAAUGGAAACAGAAAUGAGUCAGCCUAUCAGAGGCAGACAUCGGUAGGUCAAAACAGACCCGAUACUAACACCGGUUACCCACAAAGUCACUUUAAAAAACCUACCCCAUUUACCCCUGGAUAUAGCGGUGUUAAUUACCAAGAUGCCAAUCAACAGCCACCACGUUUACAGCGUCAAACCUCGUCCGGCAACCAAGCCCCUUCGCAUGUGUUCGAGUCUACGAUUUCCCCAGGUGUUCAGCAAGGUAACUACAAUCCUUGGUCGGACGAUGCCCCACCGCCUCCUCCGCCGCCAACGAACUACCAACCUGAUCCAUACAACCGCCCAUACGAGCAAGAUGCAGGACGCACUCAGUACACGAGACAAGCGUCCAACCCGCAACAAGCCAGUUAUGGAUCCAGUCCAUACGAACAGCGCCAGAACGAUUACAAUGCGUACCAAUCUAGACAACAACCAAACUACGAAUCCAAUGAAUCACCAUAUCAGCGACAAGGGUCAAGGCCGUACGAGCCACAGCCGCCGCCACAACAGUACCAGCGUCAGCCCAGCAAUCCUAAUUACUACGAUCAGAGAAGUAACCAGCCAAUGACUCCAACACGAAUGCAGGGUCAGCCGUCAUAUAGUCAAGAACAACAGUAUGGGUCGCCAGAUCCGUACUCCCAACAACAGCAGGCAUACUGUAGACAACAGUCGCGUGAACAACCACAGCAAUACGCCAGGCAGACAUCACGUGAUCAGGCACAACCAAUGAGUAGGCAACAUUCACGUGAUCAGCACAUAGAACCGCCAACGUACACACAUCCAGCAUCACCACCUGGAAAUCAAAUAAACACUUUCGAUGACGUUUUAUCGCCUUUCGAGAAUUUCCAAAAUUCUAACUAUUGCGAUAAAUUAUUUUCCCGCUCGCCGGACAACCGCGGGGACAUUGACAGUGGUUUGAGUAUGAGCUCCGACACGCCCCGGUCCAACCAGUCCGCCUCCUACAGUCCACCCCAACGCUACCCGACUGGCUAUGAUGACAGGAGCGAUGGGCUGCUCCGGCCCGCUCCCCAGGCCCCUCCCCUUCCUCCCGUUACACCGCCUCCUCCACCGCCACCUCCUCCUCCAUCAGACUGGACACCUCCGCAACAGCAACAGCAACCGCCACGCAGGAAGCUGCCACCUGAGACCCCCCACUCCGCCCAAGGUGAGCAGCAGAUUCCAGACGCUGUCCUGAACACCAUGAUGAAACACGGAGGGACACAGAAACCCUUCGCUUACAUACCGUCAGGGGACGAGCUCAAAAAAUUCAAGGAGAAGGCCAGACAACGUCGCCAGCCCCGUGUCAUGCCGAGAGGCUACGUUGGGCCCGACGUGGAAGAUGAAGCCCAGGCCGAGGCUCAGAGCCCAGCAAUGUCAAAAGCAAAGCCCGGAGCCAUGCCCAACCCUGACACGGGCGUUUACAAGCACGCGCAGUACAACUCUCCACUGCGUGUGUACUCGUCGGAUAACGCCAAGGAUGCGUUCAACGUCCAGAGCGGGGGAAUGGUGGACGUUUCUGGCGUGGAUAACAACACGCCAGAGAGAAGAGAGAGUGACAUCAAAGAAUCGGAUGUCUAUAAAAUGUGCAAAACUAUGGAUGCACAAGGCAAUAGACCUAAGAAGGCACGUGACCCGCUAUUACGUCACAACUCUGUUGAUGACGAAAUGCGCUUCUCCGGCUUGCACACAAAAGCAGACAUACCGUCGAAGGCGUUCCAUAGGUUAAACAGGAUCGCUGGUGGGGAUAGUAACACACUCAGUCCGACUCCAAAUCAAAAUAAACAAGAGGAAGACGAUGAGGACCAGAACCGAGUGGGUAACUACGACGAAGCCUCCAUCAGAUACAGAGGAAACCACAUCCCGUCCCCGUCCUUCAGGCUUCUCCAGACGCUUGCAAAAGAAGAUGAAAUGAAGAAUAAGGCUGGAUCUCCUUCCACACGAACCACGGAUUCCGAGGACGACGGCAUGCCAGACAAACUUAACGCCGAGGACAUGGUCGACAAACGUUACGUAGGCGGCAACAUUCCCUCCAAGUCCUUUAGGGCCCUAAAAUUGCACGUGGAGGAUGAGCAGAAGUCCGGACAGAAGAUUAAGGUCGGUCGCCCAAAGUCCCCACAGGUACCUCCAAAGCCUCAGCCUACACAAAUCGAGGCGCCAUCUUCAGAGUUUUAACUGACACCUGCCAAAGUUGUUGACACGUAUAUUUAGAAACAUGUUAACACGACUCCACUUGUUGUUACAGUCCAUUUUGUUUAGUAAAGUGCAAUAAGUUUAUAUAGACUGACGAUUGGAUCUAAAUCAGCUUUCCGCAAUGACUCGAGUGCAUUAUGUAUUUUGGGGCAAUAUCUAAAUCGUUUAGAACACAUAUUACAAGCUUUACAAAGUAGAAAAUGCCCCCAUAACUGUAUAUGGAAUAAUGUAUAUUCGUCAAUUUUCACUCAACUUUAAAAUCAUUUACUGGAGAAAUAUAUACCUACGACUUUUACUUAAACAGUAAGGAUCAUAAGCAAACGCUUUUAUUCUAAACAAUUCAUGAAUAUACUUAAUUGAAAUACUUAAUAUAUAUAUAUAAAUAUGAAUAAUACAAUGAUUAUUAUUAUGUUUUAAUUAUUUUUGUUAUAAUCAUUAUUAUUAUUAUUAUUAUUAUUAUUAUUAUUAUUGAUUAUUAUUUUUAUUUUAACAUGUUUAACCUUCCGUUUAUUUAGGAAUAAGAACAUUUAGUGAUAAACUUCUCAUGCAGAUUAAACAUGCGUUCAUUUUUAUGUAAAUAGUUAAUUAUAUAUUCAUUGUAAAUAAUAUUAAUUCUAUUUGCUUUUCACUACACAUAUUAUUAUGAUAUUAAUUAUUAUUUUUACGCAAUAUGUUGAUAGUAGACAAUCUGAUGUAUAUAAUAUCAAUUGAUUCUAAAUGUAAAUGCCUAGCUGCAGAUUUUCUGUAACCGUGUACUUGUUGAGGAAAAUGUAAUAUUAUGCCCGCUGUGCUUCUGAGUAUCUGUGUGUGUAGUUAGGUACCAUACUUCUUGUAAUGCGCCGUUAGACAUGCCAGAUGCUUUAUGUAAAUAAUGAAGUGAUAGGACAAAUGAACAUAUUUAUAUACAUGUUGCAAUUAAGCUCAGCGUGCCUAUUGGUACUUGGGGUGAAAUAAUUAUUCCGUGGUAAUUUAUGUAAAUUGUAUUCUUUUUAAUUAACAAAUAUCAAUUCUAUUAUACUGUCCGGUUACCAUAGCAUCACAUGGACAAUGCAGGCCGUUUGGCUUUUAAAAAAAGAAUGAAAAUAAAACAAACAAUAUUUUCGACUACCCACAUUGGAUAAUGUCGGAAAGAACAAAAAAAUGGCGAUUUGAACCGUUUUUAUUCUCCUGUACACCCGUCCAGUUCAUUAUUUGCCCCUGCUGUUAUAUUUAUUAGAUUAUUUUCUUAAUGCAUGAUUUGAUACAUAUUCGCUAAGUAUUUGUACUAUAUAUCAAUGCCUAUAAAUACAUAUAUAUAUAUAUAUGUAUAUAUAUAUAAAACGUACACUAACACCAUGUUUUGCAUUCACUUUUAGUUAGAGAUACAAAAUUGUUCUCGGGUUUGAAAAUGUGUAUUGUUACAAAUACAUGUUUUUUUCUUCUCAGUAAAGCAGUCCAACUAACAAAAUAAAACAAAUGUAUGAUUGAGAUUGGGAUAGUAUACAGACGGACAUUAGGUGAGGUAAUAAUUAACCAUUCUUUAUUUGUAUGCAUAGAAAAGACUUUGGGGUGUUGAAACCAAUGUCAUCUUUUGAUGUGUUAAUAAAUAUAAUACUUUA